UUUCUUUUCUUUCUCCCAACGCUUCCUUAAACGACCUCCCUAGCCCCUCAACACCACUCCCCCACCAUUUAAUGCCUUCUUGAACGCCAUUGUUCCUCCCUUGCUUCUCCCUUUCCUCUCAUUUUUUUCUUCAUUUAUUUUUGCUUUAAUUAAUUAAAAAGAUUUAAAGGUUCUGUUUUUCUUACAGUCUCGAUUACUUCGGAUGCGAUAAAAAAUGGAUUAUGAAGAUCAGAUCAAUCAGGCCAUUGACCCAAAAUAUGAAUGUCUUGUAUUUGAUCUAGAUGACACUCUUUAUCCUCUGACUUCUGGUUUGUCAAGGGAAGUUACCAGGAACAUUCAAGAAUAUAUGCUCAAGACGCUUGGAAUGGAGGAGGAAAAGGUUCAUGAAUUAUGUGUUUCACUGUACAAGUAUUAUGGUACAACAAUGGCUGGUUUAAAGGCUAUUGGCUACGACUUUGAUUAUGAUGAUUUUCACGGUUUUGUUCAUGGGAGAUUGCCCUAUACGAUGCUAAAACCUGACCCUGUUUUAAGGAGUCUAUUGCUUAGCCUACCUAUUCGGAAAGUUAUUUUCACGAACGCAGAUAAGAACCAUGCUGCCAGGGUGCUUAACAGGUUGGGAUUGGAGGGCUGCUUCGAAGGGAUUAUAUGCUUUGAGACUCUGAAUCCCGCAAACAAAGUCAACUCUUCUGCUGAUGGUGCAAGAUUCUUCUCAAAAGCCGGAGUUUUUGACGUCAGUAGCUACAGUGCUCGUCCUGAUUCUCACCUCGACCUUCCAAGUACUCCAGUUGUCUGCAAACCAUUUGAAAAAGCAUUUGAACAAGUUUUCGAGAUUGCCAACAUCAACCCCCAGAAAACGUUGUUCUUUGAUGACAGCAUCCGCAAUCUACAGUCUGGUAAAAAUAUGGGCCUUCACACCGUGUGGGUGGGAACUUCUCACCGAACGGACGGUGUGGAUUAUGCCUUGGAGAGCAUUCACAAUAUCAGAGAAGCAUUGCCGGAGCUCUGGGAAGCAGAUGAGAAGGCUGAGAACAUCCGGUAUUCUGGGAAGGUUUCUGUUGAGACAACAGUUAGAGCUUAGCUCUUAGACCAUACGUAUUUGGUGGGCCUUCGUUAUUCUCUUUGUAACAUGUAAACAGAGUGGAUCUUUGAAAUAAAAUUUUAGUGCCUUAUUUAAUAAAAUUUGUCACUUUCCCAA